AUCCAAUCAUCACAUUUUAACAGAACUCAAACCAACUCAAAAAACACACCUCCCAUACCCAUGACCUCUCCCUCCCCCCUCCUGGGUACAUACACCCUCCUCUCCUACACCUCCUCCCCCUUCGACCACCACGGCCCCACCAUCCACCCGAUGGGCCCCGACGCCCGCGGACUCCUCACCUACGCGGCGGACGGGUACAUGGCCGUGAACGUGAUGCCGACCAGCAGCAACAAAGUGAAGCAUUCGAUCCAGGACGGCGUGAUGUACACGGGGCGGUUCUGGGUGGAGGAGGCCGGUGGAGAUCAAGAUGGACAUCGAGGUCGAGGUCGAGGAGGAGGACUAAUGGUCAGCCAUCAGGUGCAUAUGGCGUGUCCGCAUGAGUUGGAGGGGUCGGUGCUCAAGCGUCAGGUUACGUGGUUGGAGGGGGAUCGGUUGAAGUUGUCGUCGUUGGGGUUUGUGGAUAUUGAGGGUCUUAUGGUGAGGCCGGAGUUGGUGUGGGAGAGGAUUAGUCGGCCGUGAUAUUGAUACUUUGCGGAAAGAAAAGGGGGUGUGAGAUGGUGGGGGUUCGG